UGUGCUUCCUUCAAUUUUUCUGGGGCCACACUAUUCCUACACACCAUUGUUCCACAUGCAAAGAUUCAAUUUUACUUUUUCUGUGUAUGUUACAAUGUUUGCAUAAUUUGUAGCAUCAGAUGGAAUUGUUAUUGGUUUGUGCUUUCAGGUAUGCUGUUGUUACUGGGGCAAACAAAGGGAUAGGAUUUGAGACUGUUAAAGAGUUGGCCUCAAAUGGAGUCAAGGUGGUGCUCACAGCCAGAGAUGAGAAUAGGGGUCAUGAAGCCAUUCAGAAAUUGAAAGAGUGUGGUUUCUCUGACCUUGUGAUUUUUCACCAGCUUGAUGUGACUGACCCUGCAAGUAUUGCCUCACUAGUAGAGUUUGUUAAGACCCAAUUUGGGAGACUUGAUAUCUUGGUGAACAAUGCAGGAAUCAAUGGUGUCAAUCUGGAUGAAAUGGUCAGUGUGGGAUCAACAAUUUACUGGGACAAACUGACUCAAACUUAUGAGAUGGCUGAAAAGUGUGUAGCAACAAACUACUAUGGUGCUAAGGAAACAAUUGAGGCAUUUCUUCCCCUUCUCCAGUUAUCCAAUUCACCUAGGAUUGUUAAUGUUUCCUCCCAAGCAGGGCUAUUAAAGAACAUAUCAUACGAAUGGGCUAAAGGGGUGCUUGAUGAUGCUGAAAAUCUUACAGAAGAGAGAAUAGAUGAGGUGCUGAAAGAGUUUAUCAUAGACUUCAAAGAAGGUUCAAUAGAAAACAAAGGUUGGCCAACCAACCUGUCUGCAUAUAGGGUCUCAAAAGCAGCCAUGAAUUCUUACACAAGGAUUCUAGCCAAGAAGCAUCCAAAUUUCUGCAUUAAUUGUGUCUGCCCUGGUUUUGUCAAAACAGACAUAAACAGAUACACUGGCAUCUUAUCCGUUGACCAAGGUGCUGCUAGUGUUGUGAGAUUGGCACUGCUUCCUGAUGGUUCCCCUUCUGGCCUCUUCUUUAUUAUGCAACAAGUGUCAAACUUUUGAAUGAUUUCAAAUGUAUUAGGACCAUGCAAGAUACAAGAAUAAAAACUUCACAGUUUGUGCCUCUUGCUGAGUAAAUUUAUCUUCAUAGUAAAUUGUGGAGGAAUAUUUGCACGUUGGACCUUUAUAUCUCUCCCAUAAUUCAGCUUCGCGUUAUCAAUGU